AUUUGUUUUUCUUUCCAUCCACCCCUCAAGCAUUAGCGGUUUUGAAAUAGAGACCAACUCAAAAUAAAAGGGCAGGUAUUUAUGCAGGAAAUCGCCGCAGGAAGAAAGAAGAAAGAUAUGGGAGGAGACGACAAUUUCACAAGAACAAGAGUAAGAAUCUACGUGGGAGGAUUAGGGGAGAGCGUGACUACUGAUGAUUUGCAAAAAAUUUUCUCAAAAAUGGAUGGUGAGAUUGAAUCUGUUGACAUCAUCAGGACCAAAGGCCGUGGCUUUGCCUACCUCGACUUUUUACCCUCUUCCCAUAAUUCCCUCUCCAAGCUCUUCAGCACUUAUAAUGGUUGUGUCUGGAAGGGUGGGAGACUGAGACUUGAGAAGGCAAAAGAAAAUUUUCUUGAUCGAUUGAAACGGGAAUGGGCUGAAGAUGCUCAGCUUGCUAGUGGUAAAUAUACUACUCAUGUCAAUGAUGAUGUAGGCAAGGAGUUGGAGUCAUUGGAAAGGCCCAGGGAAGUACACAGUUCAAGAAAGAAGCAACUUAACAUUUUUUUCCCGAGAUUACAGAAGGUGAAAUCACUACCAUUCAGUGGAACUGGCAAGCACAAGUACAGUUUCAGGCGUGUUGAAGUUCCUUCUCUUCCUACACAUUUUUGUGAUUGUGAAGAGCAUUCUGGUCCGCUCCAUCAUGCUGAAGAAAAGCAAAUUCCUGUUCAGGAAGAAGAAGGGGGCGGGAUGACUAAGGAAGAACUUGACGUGAUGAAUUCUGUGAUGAAUAAGCUCUUUGAGAUGGAAAAUAUUUCAACCACUGCACAUAGUGACAUUGAACUGACCAAGGAAGAAGACUAUUCCAUGCAAUUGACCAAUGAUCCACUACUUGAUGAGAGUGACGGAUAUUCUACUGCAGAUGAAGAUAACCUCAUAAUUAAUGUGGUGAGCCGAGGACAGAGUUUGAAUUCCAACUCUGUUUGCUUUCUCAAUGCCAAGGAGUCAAAAUUAAAUAAAAGGAAAGCUCCUAAAGAUGGACCGACUGAGGAUAUGCUUGAAAAGCAGACUAGAAAUCAUGAAGAAAAUAAUGAAAACGAAUAUGAAUCUGCCAUUGCUAGAGGCAAGGGGAAUUUGCAGGCUCAUUUAAAUGGGUCAGCAAUUCUCCCAGGGGCUCAACUUAUUGAACCACAAUCAGGUGACAAACAAUCAGCUCCCAAACUUUCAUGGUCACAAAAGUCUUCAUGGAAAGAACUUAUUGGGGAUAGGAGCAAUAGUGCCAUUAACAUCUCGGGCAUAUUGCCUGGCAUUUCAUCUGAUAAGAAAGAGCAAUCCAAAUCUGAUGGUGUACCCAACUCCAUUAACAGCAAGAACAAGAAAUUAUUGAGGCAUGAAAAUCAGAGAGUUCAGUCGGACAAAACUGAAGUAGAAGAGCUUGUGGAAGCUCAGCCUGCCAAAAUGGAUUCUUCUUCAAAUAAGACAGGUAGAGGUUCUGCGUGGCUCCACAAAACUUCAUGGACACAAUUGGUCAAUAGUAAUAACGGCAGUUCAUUCAGCAUCACCCAAAUCUUGCCAGGUGUUACUUUUGAAAAGCAAGAGCUUGCAAAACCUCAUGGUGUAAUAACCACUGAUGCUAGAGAUCAUAAGAACAAUAAUACAAUUGAAAAGGGUAAAAGUGAAUCUUUUGUAGAUGGUACUAUGGAUUUGCAGAUUAUAAGGGACUGUGAUGUACAAAAAACUGUUGAACCUAGGCAGCUCCAUGUUCUGGGGAGUGACAAUGCUUCAGCAUCAACAGAGAAUAAACAAAAUUCAGCUACAAAGCGACCACGUAAAGGAGAUAUUGUAAUCGGUGAGACGUGCUCAUUUAUGAGGACUGAUGCAUCACUAAAAGAGUGGGCAAAUGCAAAAGCAGCUCUGAGUGGAUCACGCAAUAGAACAAGCAAGGGGAAAAAGAUGCUGACUUCCCAUUAGUUUUUCUGCUAGCAAACAACCUUGUUGAAUUAGAGCUGAAUGGGUUUAUUAUACUGGAGGUAAUGGAUAUUUAGGUUACCUCAACUAUAGCAUAUAGUGAUUUGCACUUUAGCUUUGAUGACAGGAAAAGAUUGUGCUAGUGAUGGUAAUGACAGAUGAAAAUGAACAAAGAAUAUUGUGGUCUGGUGGAUCGAAUGGUUCUCAUGUGGGAAAUCAUAGAUGUUGAAGCUGGUGGAAUGGUUAACAUGGUUUGCAAUUAGUCUACUAUCUAUUAGAGGAUUAAAUUUUAUUCUUGUACUUGGAUUCAGCAUGCUAUUAUUUUUAAUUUUAAACAACAUUCUCCUGUUUUAUUAUUUUUGUUUGUUCUAUAAAGCCUUUCAUGCUGUA